AUGAACGACGUAGAUGCCCCCUCCGAAAAAUCGCUUAAUCUUCUAUUCCCUCUUCCAUAUCGUGUCUUUGGUCUCUUUGGUCUUGGGAUACUGGCUUGGGCCACAAAUUUGCAUGGCCUUGACAAGCUUGGGGUGGACACUGUUUCAGCGCUGGACCUUCGCACAGAGGGAGUCCAUGCGAGAGGUCCAUUAAUUUCACAUCGCUCAGCUGGUUACAAUCAAGUUAUAGCAGCAAACUUGUACACUUCCGCCUACCGCGUCUUCAUUGGGUAUACCGUGAUUUGGUUUUUUUCAUGGACAACCUAUCGGCUUGCUACAUACGGGGAUGCUACGCUAGUCGACGCGUACGGUUAUAUACCUGGCGUCACUGCUCUAUGGAUCCUUGCUCUUCUGAUAUGUCCAUACAAUAUCUUUUGGAAACUUGAACGCAACAAGUUCACUCAGGCUGCCCGACGCUGCUUCUUCUCAUCCUCGACCAGUCCGGUCUGCUUUUCUGAUGUGGUAUUCGCUGAUAUCGGGACGUCCUUCGCGAAGGUUCUUGGAGAUGUCUGGCUUUCUUUAUGCAUGCUCCUGCCUGGAAAUACUCUUCUAGCGCCGCCAUUACAAGAGGGAUGGAUGCGUUGGGUGCUUCCGACGAUCAUGAGUUUGCCGUAUAUCGCGCGUUUUCGACAGUGUAUCAUUGAAUAUAAUCAUCCAGACAAUGAGAGUCGUCGACCACUGUUUAAUGCCAUAAAAUAUGCCACAGCAUUUCCCGUUAUCUUUUUAUCUGCAGCCCAGCGGCUAGUUGUGGAGGAUUUAAGAAGGGAAAAGGGAGACGUAAUUUUUCAGGAGUCGUGGCAUGGAGAGCACCAACUUUUUCGCCUGUGGUUGUUGGUGGCUGUGGUGAAUUCUAUCUACUCGUUCUGGUGGGACGUGACAAAUGAUUGGGGGUUGGAUCUCCUCAAGCUGGAAUCUCCGUCGAAAGUGGCACAAGAGAAAAGACCUCCACGUCGCCUUGUCCUGCCACAUCUUCAUUCCGGUACACCACUUGUGCGCAGGGACUCUCAAGAGACCCUCGUGGAGGAACCCCUUCGCAUUCCGCCUUUGGAAGACCCGCCAACCCAUCGGCGAACGCAUCCAUUUGGAUUACGCCCCGUGCUCCUCUUUCCACUCACUGUAUACCCGCUCUUGAUUUUCUUGAACUUAAUUUUGAGGAUGACAUGGUCGAUCAAACUUUCAACCCAUCUACACACAACAAGUGACGGGAGCGUCGCCAGUCUUUGGUUGGAGGUGGCAGAACUAAUUCGGAGAUGGUUGUGGGUGUUCCUUCGCGUUGAGUGGGAGGUGAUUAGAAAAGCGCAGGGUGGUGAUUCAAAAAGUCGUUAUGACGAUAAUGGUUUAGAAUAUGAGAUGGCUUAUGAUACACCCGAAAUCAUAUCCCAGAGCGAUUUGUAGCGGAUACUUAUUUAGCGUACUCUAAGUAAUUUUUGGUCAAGCUUCAGGCAGAUUAACCUGAAACUCCAGC